AUGUCAAAACUUCAGAACAUAGGCGACUUUGUGCAAUCGCGCGUACAAGCAUGGAAUGGUAAGAACAAAAGAAGUCUAGCGAUGAUAGUGUCCAAUCAGUUGGAAUAUCCGCAGAAUCAACAAUAUAUCAUUGUUGAACACGUGUUCAUAACAGAGAUCGACAAUGCUUACGGACUUUUGCCAGAUAUUAUCGAAGAGGCUGGUUACUCAAAGUACCUAGUGCCAUGUCAGCUCGCUGAUGCGGCGCGUCUACCACUUUGA